AGGCUACUCAUUUCUUCUUUACAACAUAAUUUGGAACGCUCUUGUUGCAUGUAAAUAUUACAUGCUCCGUUUUAACUGAAAUAUAUACAGUUAUUAUGGAUAAAAAGAAGAAACAGUACAAUGUGACGGCUUCAUCGCUGGUUGAUUUGAAAGCGGAAUUAUAUCGGAAACAGGAGGAAUUCAAGCAGGACCGUCUUGGGCAAGAUGCAGGAGCCGCACACAAGUCCAAGACAAAAACAAAAAAGCCCAAUAUCUGGAUUAAACAGAAUGAAGGCGUGAAUGUGCGAGCGCAGAAGGACGUUCAGCAAAAUGCAGAGGAAGAAAACACUCUAGAUAAAUCCAGACAGAAACUGGAGGAAAAGGCACGUCUUUAUGAACAGAUGACAAAAGGGGAUUUUCCAGAUGAGGAGACAGAAGGUCUUUUCCUAGUGGACUUCACCCAGAAGAUCAUUAACCAGAGAAAAGAUAUGCAUUUACACACUAAAAAUGUAGCAGGGGAUAGAGAUGGAGAGGGAUCUGAUGUGAGCGUUCCUAUUCCACUCCCAGAGAAUUCAGAUGAAGAAUGGGUGGACUUUGUUGAUGCGUUAGGACGUUCCCGAAGAUGUCUGAGAAAAGAUCUGCCAGAUUUUCAGAAAAUGGACCAAGACCUCCAGAGCAAGAGGGUGACUGGAGCUGACAGGACUCUGUUAUCUGAGGAUAUGAGGAGAGAAAUGCAGAGAGAGCAGUGGGAGAGAGAGGAAGAAGAACAGAUGAAGAGACCUGUUGGACCCAUUCACUAUGAAAAUAUUAGAGAACAAGAGGCCAGAGAUCUUGGUGUUGGAUAUUUUGCCUUUUCCCAUGAUGAGGAGCAACGCAGAAAGCAGAGAGAAACUCUAGACAUGCUGAGAGAUCAGACCACAGAACAGCGCUCCAAACGUGAGCAACUGAAGGAUAAACGGAAAGCUCUGCUUGAGGCUCGACUAGCUAAAGUGAGAAUGAGGAAGAUGAAGAAAAGCAAGCUGGAGCCAGGGGCUGAAGACGAUGUAGCUCCUGUUGUUGAUGGUGAAGAGAAUGAAGAUAAUGAUGAUGAAGAUUUGAUAGGACCUCCAGUCGCUCAGACAGUAACAAAAGUGGAGGUGGAGAUUCAGGAGAGGAAAGACACCAAGCCUGGUGUUCCACACGUCAGAGAGUGGGACAGAGGCAAAGAGUUCACAUGGGGUCAAUGGACAAGUCAUCGUCGAGAUGAGCGAGAUUCAGAGUUUGCUCCUCCCUCUGCUUACUUCACAGAUGACCGAAAGGCCAAUCACAACAGAGCCACAGACAAAGGGCAUGGCAAAGGAAAACUUGCCUUCAAGUGGUCUGAGUCACAAAGGGCCACAGAAAGAGACACAGAUGAUAUAUCUACCCCUGGGCAUUCUGCUAACGUAUCCACAUUUACACAACCUUCGCAAUAUCCUCAACCACAGGCUGCUCAAACACAGAGUCUGGAUGACCUUCUAUCAUACUACAAACACUCUACAUGAACUGUUACUUGAAAAUCUUUAUUGAAUGCCAGAAAAACAUCCUUUGGGAACUUGCAGUUAGUCUGGAUUUAUGCCAGUCUUAAGCAAAAGGGACAGUAAACUUUGUACCAAAGUUCUUCGUACAAAAUAUAACUGAAUUGAACAUUUAGAAUAAACAGCUUCUACAUUUCUGUUUGAUUUUCAUGUUUUAUUCAAUUGCUGUCUGUUCAUACCGAACCAACUGCAGCAAUGUAGCAUUCCUUGCCAUAUUUUAUUUAAAGUAAUUUCUUUAAAUAAUAGAUGAAAAGUACUCUUUAAUUAGUACUUAAUCAGACCACAAACAUAAGGCACAUCCAUUCUGUAUUUAUAAAAUAAAUAAAU